CUUUAGAGUUAACCCCCCCAAUUGAGAAAUGAAAAUGUUGAACUUCUAAUUUAAGCCCAAAUAAAAUAUACAAAAUCCCGCGUUUGGGAACCGGUAUUACCGGUAAGUUUCAUUCCCUUUGUUCUGAUAUUCCUUCUUUCCCUCCCUAACUUAACUUAACGUCUUUUCGCUUUCUCUCUUUGUUCACGCAUUCGUCUUCUAUUUCCCUCUUCAUACACCAGUUAAGGUAUUGAUCAUUUGAGAGACAAUGGGAAAUUCGAAAAAAGAUGAAGCAAAGAUUGAAAAAAUAAUUCGUGGUCUUUUGAAACUUCCUGAAAAUCGAAGAUGCAUCAAUUGCAACCUCUUGGGACCACAAUAUGUGUGUACAACUUUCUGCACAUUUGUCUGCACAAAUUGCAGUGGAAUACACAACAUGCAGAGACUCCGCGAGUUCAUCAAGAAUGUGUAUGUGGAAAGAAAAUUUACCGGUGAACAUCAUGUGGAUCUUCCGAGGAUUAGAGAAGAAGGAAAGGAGGAACCAUACCAAAGUAAGAAGAUUAAUUUAUUUCGUAUUGAGCCAAAAAGUUCAUCUUAUGAAGCUAGAGUUCAGAGAAGUUCUAGUGCAAGAUCUCCUGAUAUAAGAAGUGAUGACAAUAACAAUGUUAGAUUUUACGUUGAUGAAAGAAGAAGCCCAAGAUAUGCCCAAAAUUUGGCAAGGCAUGGCAGCUUUGCUAGAAAGCCUAUACAAAUUGAGGUUGUUGACAACAGGUUCCGAGACGGUGAAUCAAGAAACAGCAAGGUUACAGAUUUAGACACAAAGCUAAAACAGCUUCAACCAGCAAGGCAGAAGACUGUAGACGAAUCUCAAUCACCUGUCAUUCGCCCUUUGGGAGAAGUAUCAGGAGAGAAUGGUCCAUCUCUUAAAGCCUCUAACGCUGCUUCUGUACCAGAAAUGCAGCCUAUAUCACAACCAAUUGAAGAAAACUGGGCUAUAUUUGAAGAUUUUCCAGUUGCUAAUCCUGCCGAAAUCAAAAUCUCACACACAAAUAUAUUCACAUCUUCUGUAACAAUGACAACACCUCAAGCAACACAUACAAAUUCCUUAGAUUUCUUACUUUCUGAAUUGUCAGGUCCAUUGGUUGCAACAACUGGGGACAUGUCUAAGGUCUCAACUUUUAACAAUGAUCUAACAAUUGUGCCUGUAGAAAAUUCGAGCACACAUGGGGAUUUGCAGCACUUGCCACCUUUUCCAAUAUCCGAGGCAACUGCUUCACCAACCAGUAGUGAUGCUUGGUCUAUUAUACCGAUCCAAACCAAUGAGAUGGAACAACCUUCUAAUGCUUUGCCUUCAAAUGAUGAGAUAAAUCAUAGAGAAGAAUCCAACAAAGUCUUAGAUUGGCAGACAUCACCAAGCAUGCAAUUCUCUCCUGCAGUAUCAGAAGGUAGUAGCUCUACAGCACAACCAUCAAGUACACCAAUCACACCUAUAGCUCCAAAUGAUAUGCAAUCAGAUGUUCUAAAUUCACAUGAUCCCUCCAGUGCUUUCACUGAACUCUCUCCUCAGACCAACUCAAAACCAACUCAAGAAACCAAAUCUGAUGUUGGCUUAAAACCUUCAACAGUAGAAAACAGGUCUACUGGAAGAAUGGAACUUCCAGAGGACCUUUUCUCUUCAAGCUACUUAUCUGGCCCUCCUACACCACUUUCAGGUUGGCAAAAUGAUCAACCUCAACACCAUGGAAUGGGAUAUGGCUUGCAGUAUUAUCCUAAUGCACCGUCCCCCUCAGCAUUCCCUAUUGCAGCAAGAUCCUCAUCAAAUCCAUUUGCAGUAACUGAGGACAAACCUUUAGCCCACACCUUAUCACUUCCCAAUAUGUCAUGUACCCUACCUAUAUCUCCCGGAGCAGGACUAAUGCAUGCUUCAAGUUAUGGGUCUUUGGGAAUGGUUCCUCAGUCCACAAGUUUUGGAUCUCCUCUUGUUCAUCCACAAUCUGCAUCUGGAUUUCCCAAUAGUGCAUACUUUGGCCAAGUUAAUAACAUGCAACCUCCUAGAUUUGAAAGAGCUGCUAGUACAAGUGAUGAUGAAAGUGUUUUUGGAUCCCUAAGCACCAUGAAGCUUUCAAGUGGUGAGUACAUGACACAAACCACUCCAAAUCCAUUUUCAAAGAAGGGAAGAAAUCCAUUUGGAGAUAUAUAAUGCUACGUUUAGUAAGUGUUUUAGAAUAGAAAAUACAGAGAUAAAGACAGAGACAAAACAAACUAUCC